GCAAAACGCAAUCAAAACCCAAACCCUACUCCAACGUCGCCGGCAACUGCAAGCGAGCUCGUCCCCGCCACCUCCCGCUCGCCCCCGCUACGCCAUGGCUCUCCUCCUCAAGCCCAAGCACCACCUCUCCUCCACCGGCCUCCUCCUCCUCCUCCCGCGUCGCCUCUGCGACGGCGUGCCAAACCUGCCACCCCCGACGGACAUCUCUCCCCCGCCCCUGACCCGCGCCGAGACCAAGCUCCUGGACGCCAUACACGCGGCCCUCCUCGACCACCACCGCGCCAACCCGGCCGCCCAGAUCCCGGACUCCCCACCGUUCGACCCCCUCCCGUCCCUCUCAUCCACUAUCUCCGGCUUGCUCCCUUCCCCGCCUUCCCCUCACUUCCCGCUCCACCUCCUCCGCCGCCUCCUUGCCCUCCGCCGCGGCGUCCCAUUCCCCGAGGCCGUCGCCUUCUUCCACCAGCUCGUCCCCUCCCUUCCCGCCGACUCCCUCCCCGAUCUCUACGCCGCCAUGAUAGACCUGCUCGCCAAGCACCAACAUUUCCCGCUCGCGCGCCACCUGCUCGACGAAAUGCGGGCGGGAGCCGUCCCCAUCUCGUCGCAGCUCAUCCUCGCCCUGAUCCGCCGGUACGUCCGGGCGGGGAUGUCUUCGGAGGCUGCAGAACUGUUCCGCCGCAUGGAGGAGUACGGCGCGGGGGCUCCGGAGCCUGCCAAGCUCGCUUUACUCCUCGGCGCUCUCUCCAAGAAGCGCCUUGCCAGUGAGGCGCAGGCGUUGUUCGAUAGUUACAAGUCUGUCUUCACACCAGAUGUUGUGCUCUACACGGCCGUGGUGCACGCGUGGUGCCGUGCAGGGCAGCUCGAUGAGGCAGAGCGUGUGUUCGCGGAGAUGCAGCAAUCAGGAAUCAUGCCCAAUGUGUAUACCUACACUGCUGUGAUCGAUGCAAUGUAUCGUGCAGGUCAGGUUCCCCGUGCCCAGGAGCUCUUGUGCCAGAUGAUUGAUUCUGGGUGCCCGCCGAACACGGCAACGUUCAAUGCCAUCAUGCGGGCACAUGUGAAGGCUGGUCGUUCUGAGCAGGUGCUGCAGGUGCACAACCAGAUGCGGCAGCUUGGGUGCGAGCCAGACAUUAUCACAUACAAUUUCUUGAUCGAGACUCAUUGUGGGAAGGGGCAGGGCAACUUUGAUGCAGCGUUGAAAGUGCUUGCGAAAAUGACUGCAAAAGGGUGUGUUCCUGAUUGCCACACGUUCAACCCCAUGUUCAAGCUGGUACUUGUGCUUGGCAAUGUAGAUGCUGCGCGAAAGUUGUAUGACAAAAUGAGGGAGCUGCAAUGCAAGCCAAAUGUCGUGACAUAUAAUGCACUUCUAAGGUUGUUCAAUAAGGAGAAGUCAAUGGACAUGGUUUUGAGGAUGAAGAAGGACAUGGAUGCGGAAGGAGUGGAGCCAAACCUGCACACCUAUGCAGCCCUGAUUGAGGCAUUCUGUGGGAGAGGGAACUGGAGGCGUGCACACACAACAUUGAAGGAAAUGGUCGAGGAGAAGUCUUUUAAACCCUCAAAGCAGGUGUAUGAUAUGGUAUUGACCCUUUUGAGGAAGGCUGGCCAGCUCAUGAAGCAUGAAGAGCUUGUUGAACUUAUGGCUGAUCGGGGUUUCAUUAGCCGCCCAGCAAAUGAUGCGUUGUGGAGUCAACUAUCUGCUCGCUGAUCUUCAUGUGUUAGAUUGAAGUGUAAUCUCAUAUAGUGGUAACUUUUUUAUGUGUUGUGCCCUAAUUAUGCUUCCUGAGUAAAAUUGAUUGGGUGAGAGGGGUAGCCAGGGUCAAAAAUUCCAAAUUUUUGGAAGUAAAUGCGAGUUUUUGGUAACUAACUCUGUUAUUCUGCUAAUUUUGUUACAGUCCUUAUGAAAAAAUGGGUAGCACGGUAGGGUGUUCGCCUU